AUCAAUAGAACGGAAUAAGAAAGACAAGCAUUCUUUAGUGCUUAUUUUUAGUCCAAGUUGUUACAACGAAAGCAUUGCCCACGGAUUACACGGGGCACAGGGAUUAAAUUCACGUCUCUUUGCUGAAAUUGUAAAGACUUGUUCCACCAUGUUGGAUUCAGUUGCAAAUUUGGACUAUGACAUUUCUGCAACCAGUCAACAAAGUUUUAUAAGAGCGGGGAUUAAUUUUGGUUACGUGAAAAGAGGCCUUGGUGGAGAUCUUGCAUCACGUUCCACUGUGCCAAACAAAAUGGUGGAUAAUGUUGAACCGACGAUUAACACUCUUCUGCAUGAUAAACAUUAUAAACACCUUCUCGAUGAUGUUCGGGGGGACGAGAAUCCUUCAUGUUUUCUGUCUCCACUGGAAACAGGAGAAGAUUCUCAAGACAAUUUUUUGCCAAGUGAUAUGAGGUCAUAUGGCCAGCCAUUCCCGUACAUACCAAGUUCUCAGGCACCAGUGGAUUUGCCGACAUCUACCAGCCCCAAUCCCCCAGCUUAUCCACACAAUAUUCCACAAUCUCCUGGCCUUGUGUCAGUGCACAGGAACUCUUCUUCUAUUUCUCCAAUCAAUACUGCACAUUACGAGACUUCUAGCACAUACAGUGACGCUUCCACUCCUGGUACUCCAGCAACUUCAUCUCCCAACAUGGUGCACACCUUCAUGCACCCUUCCCGCUUACCGCAGAUUCCCAGCACCACAGAAUACCCAGGAGAAUUGAAUUUCCAGUUAUCUUUUGGCCCUCUGACUGAGUCAGCCUCCAAGUCUGCCACGUGGACCUACUCGGAUGUCUGCAAAAAGCUCUAUGUAAAUCUAAACAGUUACUGUCCAAUUAAGUUUAAGACAUCUUGUCCCCCACUACCUGGGACAUACUUGCGAGCUGUUGCGGUAUUCAAGGGCUCCACUAAUUUGCAUGAUGUUGUGAAGAGGUGCCCCAAUCAUAUGGAGAACUCCAAUGAUGGCUCUGCUCCAAAUGCCCAUUUCAUGCGGAGUAACAAUCCUGCUGCCCAAUACCACGCUUGUCCUGAGUCAUCAAGACACUCCGUCAUUAUUCCUUACAGUGGCCCACAAGUUGGUACAGAGUAUGUUACCGAGAUGUUUGCAUUUAUGUGCUUCUCGAGCUGUGCAUCAGGGCCAAGCAGAAGGCCAGUUGAAGUUAUCUUCACACUCGAGAGGGAUGGACAGACUCUUGGCCGACGUGUUGUGGAAAUAAGGGUGUGUGCUUGUCCAGGGAGGGACAGAAAAUCUGAUGAAAGGAUUGCAUGCGGUGAGCCUAGUUCAUCACAAGGAGCCAAACGCCCAAGAAAAGGGUCAAAGGGUCCUAUGUCAAAGAGAAGGAGAACAAGCUCAAGAUCUCAGGAAGAAGAGUUCACAGUUACCACAAAAAAUUAUCAUGUCUACGAGAUUCUGCUGGACAUGAAGGAGAAGCUGGAAGAGAAGUUUGAAAGUUGGAAUAUUCAGAGCCCAGAUCACUCAAUGGUUUUGAGUACAUCUGAAGACGAAGGUGAACAGCCGUCGACGUCCAGUAGUCCAGGGGCCGUGUACAAGAGAACGAGUCUUGCAUCCAUGUGAACAACUGAAAGAGCAGAGCUCCGCUAAAGUGCGUACACUUGCGAGCUCGAUAAACCAUUCUCAGUAAAUGUGUUAAAUGUGAUUUUUGUUAUGUUCAGGUUUUUUUACGUUAAUUUACUCAGGUGCUGAACUAUGAGUGAAUCAGAGUGUGUCUUUACUUCAAAUUUCUUUUAAUUUAUUUCUUUUCGGUUUGUAAUAGAAAGGUCAGCCGUGCUUUUUUUUGGUAGAUGUUUAUUCAGGUUAUAAUGCCGUUUUCAAAGCUUUGUUCAUCCUAUUUUAUGUACGUUGUUUAAAUACGAAAUUUAAUUCACAUAUCUGUUAAAAAUUUAGCCCUCUCCAUUUCAGAGGUUGCGUGAACGAACCUCAGGAGAGUAAUUUUUACGCUAGCGCAUCGUUAUGGGAAGGAAGCUUCGCUUGUAACUUUGAUACUGAUUUAUUUGGAAAAAUCCUAUUGAAAAAAAAAAUAUAUUUAGGGAGGCUUUGGUUUUACAGAGCGAUCUCUCAAAAACUCGAAUAAACGCCACGCGUGAAAAAAUCAAUCACAUUUAGUGAUCAAAGCUCUAUUAAUUUAUAUCUAAAUGUCUUCUUUUUGGAAGACAAAUCACAUUUGGUUUUACAAAUGUCUGAUUCCUAGAAGGAUCUUAUGUGUUUCUAUUAACGCGAAAGCUAUAAAAUGACGCAUUUCCGAACGUUAAUGGCACUACCGGUUUUGAUUGCCUUUUUUCUUUCAUCCAUUUUGUAAUGCUACCAAUUUUUUCGUUAUACGCAAUUGCUGUGAAUUUCUCGCGCAAGAUGGCGGCAAAAGUUUGGGCCAAAUUUUUUCGUAGUUAGGCUAAGCUAUUAGGUAUUUUUCCUUGAGUACAAGUUACUAAAGUUGAAUUUUUCUAAAGAUGGAGAAACGCCCCCAAUUCUUUUCCUUUGAUUUGGUGUGCAAUCAAAAUACUUUUGAAAUGGUUGUUCAGAUCAUUUUGCACUUUGGAUGAAGUCAUCACUUUGAAUUUUUCGCUUGUAUACCGCCUUCUUUGGCCGCCAUUUUGCCGAAAUACAGUUUUGUUUAAUUCAUUUGUACUAAAGGAUAUAUUUUGUUUGCAUAAAAUUGGUUAUUAUAAAAAGCUGGCUUUUAAGAGUAAUAUUUUUUUCUAUAAUGAUUUUUAUGUUUGCUUUCGUCCAAAUUUUAACUCCUUCUCUCCCUGACAAAGCGAUGGUUUUAGGUUUUGGAAUCUCUUGCCGCAAAAUCAGUUGUGUUGGCUUUGAAACGAAAACCAUUCACUACUUUUAUGUGAUGUUGUAAUUCUUUUGAAAUGUGUUCUUCUCAUGAAAUUACCUUUGAUCUGCAUUUUUAAAGAUAAAUAUCUUUUUGGUUUGUCGUGUUAAUUUUAAGGAGUGAAGGAGUUAAAUCAUUAAUGGUGAGAAAUGCUAUCUUUUUAUUGAUUCUGCAGUUCUCGAGAGAUAAGAAGUUUCCGAUAGUAGAGCAGUAUAUUGCUCCAUAAGAUGAGAUCUAUUUUGAAGGAUUUCUGUCUUUUUCGAGAGUCUUGUGGGAUUUCCCUACUAUGUUUGUCUUCCUUCGUAAAACAAACAUUCUUGUAGUUUGCAAUCAUUUUAAUUACACGUAACUUGCCUGGAAGUCGUCGCAUACGCUCGCUCGCUGACUUGGGUUUUGCAAUGGGUCUUUGAUCGAGGUGUCAUUUUAUAGAGCAAUGAAUUAAAAUCGCAAUCCUAAAACUUACA